GAACAUACCUGCACACACUUUCCCUUCUGCGGCCACUGAACCUGAAUUACCGCCGCCUGCAACAACUAAGCACCUCGGCGCACUGAUCACGCUUAGAUGCGGGGUGGCGGAUCGGCUACGAUUCUUGGAAAUUUUCGCCUAAACACCUGUUGGCAGCCAAUUGCCGCCCGGCCCUUGCGAUUGCGUAAAGCAAUCACAGGAGAACGUGCAGUUUGACGAUGCGUGCCCAUGUCCUCGCGGCAGCCAUACGGCUCUGUUGAACGCUAUAUUCGCAACAGGAGUCGGCGAGUGCACGAAAAGGCAUCCAACGGUGCGACAAUCGGCGCGUCAAGGCGAAAAUAGCCGCGGCUGUAGGAAGUCGACGCCGAACUAUCGUGAAAAUGACCACCUUUGUGAUGCGGCUCCCACUGAGCGAGUCUGCACUGCGCAAGGAAACAUCUUUGCCGGUAUCGAGUCAUGAAAUGGCUCGCUGCGGAAGUUGCAAUAUCGCACUUGCACCAGACCACCAGUCCAAAUUGUGCCGUGUAUGCCAAAACAUACAUACCUUAAGGAAUCAAAGGAUGACGUUAGCCAAUUGUGCUUCAUGCAAGGCAGUGGUACAGGUUCCUGCAGCCCAGGUAGCACCGCCUCAACCGGUUAUCUGUGCGACUUGUCGGCAGCCUCGAUCCCAGGCCUCCCCAACUCGAGGAAAUGCCCAGCCCACGAACCCGAUGAUGGCGCGGCCUCCGGCUCCGAAUCCUGUCGACCUUGACGAUACGCAAUUUGCAGCGUUUAUCGCUAAUGCUGCGGCUCAGUUUGUACAUCCUGCUCACAUCCACCUGCUAUAUAAUGAGCGCAUAGGUGCUCCGCUGAAGCGUCCGAAGAGCCACUAUGGGCCGUUGCCGGAGUCACGGAUGAAACCCGUUGUGAACGUUCCUCCGCCUGGGACCCCUCACUUAAACUCUCGCGGGGAAUAUUUAUGGCCCCAUUUAUUGCCCUCACGAUGUUCAUCAGUGUAUCCUUUUCCUCCGCUUCCGACUCCACAAUCAAUGCUUCCUUUCAUCGCCGAUCAUGCAGACUCUGUUGCAGUGUCACGUUGGCGACAAUCAUCAUCUCUUCCAACAGAUUGGACCGCUAUUGCGACUCCUGUCAUCUCACCCAGUAUUUUGGUCAAGCCGUCAUCGCAGCCCGUCAGUCCUGCGCAAAUCCUACCCGCUAAUUUCAGCGAUCAAAGAAAACGAACAAUACGACUUUGCGAGAUGCAUGGAUGCAGCACAAUUCUGUCUCCUGGCCACCCUUUCGAAAUGUGCAGUAAACACAUAUCAUUUGCGCCUUUCGCGAUAUAUACGGCAAAUCCGCUAGAUGAAGCAGCUACUCAACCAAUAGCGGACCAUCCGAUAAGACGCAUGAGUAACUCAUCUCUGCCGUCAGACUGUCUGCAUCCUGCGCAUGUACAGUCCCUAAGCUCAUCUCUGACGGAUACGCUGACUCCCGCUAUGAAGCCGAGAUUGCGAGUGUACACACAAUCGAACGGAUCGAUCCGGAUCGAUCCUCCCGUCUCCGCUACUGAGGUGGGCUCGGCAAAUGAGAGUCCAUCAAUGCUUGACAGUUAUCUCCCAACCUCCCGUCAAGCAUACUCUCUAGCUCCUGCAGGGUCACGCACAGUUGGUAUCGGUUCUCAGCCUCGCUCAUUACCAUCAGUUGUUGCUUCCACCGACCGCAGUAUGCAGCUAACAACAGAACCUCUACAUCCGAAGAAACAAGAGAGUACAGAAAUGGAAACGGAACAGAUGCUACGACACAUUGAACUGUUGCUGCAGGGACACCGUGAAGCACGAAGAAUGUCUCAAAGUUCGCGCGGACUCUCACACGGCUCGAUCGCAGAGGAAGCGGUACGCAGAGUUCCAGAACUGGCAACUGUAAUUGCGGACGUGCCUAUGAAGGAUGCACUGCAUCCUUUGAAGCAAGAAGGAAGUGUUGUCGCUGUAUCUGAGUCCAAGACGCAGGACGUCCCUUUCGCUCUUAGGAAUGAUGCAGAUACAUCUUUACCCGCAGAUAGAGACGUCAUGAUGGAUACCAGUGCAGAGCAAACUUCAGAUGAGGCGGCAGACACUACGAUGUCUCACAACCAACACGAUAGCGAUCGCGAUGCAGGUGAAAUCAAUCUCACCAAGAGCCAAGAAACGUCAAGCGCAUCUAAUACCGUGUCUUCUCUCCAUUCCCCACAUUCUUCGCUGUCCUCAAAGCGGACCUCUCCACAAACUUCACCAAUCACACAAUUUGGCGACUUGCCGAACUCUUCCGCGACACAAGAUGUGGAUGGCGAUUUGUCCGACCUGACUCCUCUUGAGGGGUCAACAGAUGAAGGAGAAUCAGAGAUUGAAAUGAAGGACAGUAGUAGUGAUGACGAGGAAGACAUACCCUUGGCGAAACAAUUGUUACUCGUCAAGCGUCGACGCCAGUCUUCCACCAUUGACAAGCCUGUGACAAAAUGUAGCGUCCGUCACUGCCAUAAUUUGCUGUUGCCGGGUACAAAACGGAAGCCGUGCGAGUCGUGCCGACAAAAGAAUUGUGUGCUCCAAAACAGACGGAGGGCCAUGGUGCAGGUUGAACAGGCCGAAUGUGAUGCUCCUCAGAAGCAGGAGAAAUUGCCUAGAAUAAGUGAGAAUCUUAACGGCCUCAACGACUGGUCUUUACUUAUUUAUUUUUUCGUACAGUUUUGAUUCCUCCAGGGCGCCGAAUAUGCAUUAGUCGAUGGUGCCACAAUGUCAUUGGUCCUAACGAGCGACGAGAUAUGUGCAAGGCAUGCCGCAAACAUCUACGUCGGCAAGAUGAUCGUAUGAUGACCGCUCGUGAUGUCUUGGAGCUCGUUAUGGCAGAUAAAAGAAGUUCCUCGAGAUCUGCUAAGAAACGCAGGCGCGAUGAUUCUCCCCUUGAUGACCUGAAGUAUCCGGAGGACCAUAACAGUCGAGUGACGAUUAAGGUCCACCGGAAAGCGCCAGAACCCACUGCCAUUA